CCUUCCCCUACUCCCCACAACACUGUGUUCUCCACAAGGCACAAACUGCCACGACACCAGGACCCCACCCAGGCUGUCACCCAUCACUACUGGGUACUAAACAGUGCACAAUGGAGCAGACGGAAGUCAACCCCAGCGUAUCAUCUCAAACUCGUUCAGGAGAGCGCCUCAAGCGUGGCCGCCACACCAAGUCAAAUGGCCCCAAAAAGCGCCAGAAGACGGCUUAUGCUGGACCGGCGGGCAUCUUCUCGUGCUUCUCCGCCGACGGUAACAAUGUCAACCUCCACAGACGUUCAACUUUCUCUCGGGAGAGGAAAGAGGAGGUCAAAAGUAUCAGGAGACGAGGUGCUUGUCUUCGGUGUCGAAUCCUGAAAAGAGCAUGCUCGGGCGAUGAUCCCUGCAAAACCUGCAUUGUAGCCAGAGACGCAACCGCCAAUUCCAAAUCUUUGAUGUGGAUGGAGUGCAUCAGACCUUCCUUUCAAGCAAUCAACAUAUUCAACAAUGAGAGCCGAGUGCUUGACCAAAAUCGUUUCCAAACCAUCCUGACAGACCUAUCAAACAGCGACGUGUAUCUUGAUCUCCACAUUCCAUUUGCUCUGAACGCGGACGGAGCAUCGUCACAUCUCAGCCAAUGGCUGUCGGGGGAAGGUUCGACAACCACUUUUAGCCUCGUGGGCGUAUUCUCAUGUAGCUCCAAUACCAAAUUGCUGCAAAAUGCGCUUGAUCCUAGCCUCGCGAGAGAUUUGCGGCUGUUUGUGCAUUUGACGACUCAUCUGCACACCACUGGCAUGCAGGGUGGGUAUCACGAAUAUACAGAAGAAGACAUUCAAAUCGUGCGUGACUGCAUCGGCAAUCGGCUUUUAACAGCACUAGACCCUUUGCUGCGCCCUCUUGAAAUUGAAGCAUCAGAGGAUAGAUUGGGAAGGCUGCGAUCACUUUUCCUGCUGCUUCUAGGCACAGUCGUUGGAGUGCGAUAUACAUGUCCGGAGGCCUCCGAAGCAAAUUUUGCCCCCGGUACGGAGCUUGAAGCGAAACAAGACGCCCUACUCCGGCUACUCUGUCAUUAUCUUAUACAUAUUGGCAGGGCCACAGCUAUGAUUGAUUACACGGGCGAUGACAAGAUUCUUCUUCAGAAGUCAAGAAUGCAAUGGGAUAAACCUGCAGCAUUCACCUGGUCUUCGAGACAUGAACUGGAAAUGCAUUAUAGGAUUGAGCCUCCAGCCGAUUGGAUUGUUUCGUCGUCGGAGAACGAGUCCCUCAGCAGUAUCGACAUUGAUCUUUCGGAGCUCGAGGAUCUGACAGAAUUCACUCAAGACUCUGACCUUCUGAAAUGUGGAGUAUGCAACUCAUUCUGGACCCUGUUGAACGAGAAUGGUACAUGUCAUGAUUGCCAUGCUAUCAAUCGACACACAAACGAUCCCGGCCUCUUUCCAUCGAAUCUGAUGAUAUCCACGUACGAUGACAGUGCGCAGGAUUUUAGUUUUGAUUCUUACUCCUCACUGGAAGAUCUCGAGGGACUCGAGAUGCCGGGGAUAUUCCCUCUAUCAUACGAGACAAACUUCGAUGACGCGCUACCUAGCAGCUAG